AUGCAUCUAAAAGUCAUGAUCUUUUCCAUGUCAUUCUUGACAACUUCAGCAUUCCCACUCCACAGUAACAGCGGGGAGGCAACCUGGACUGACUCAAAGACCAACCAGGCUUACGACAAGACAGAACUCACAAAGGAUGAGGAUAAGAUCUACAAGAACCAUAUAGACAGCAAAGGCCUUUACAGCCAAGAAGAUGAAGACAACAAAAACCCUGUGACAGAGGAGGUGCAGCACAAACUCAACAUGGAGUCAGAUCGUCUCCGUAGUCGUCUUCGCCAAGAGCUGGCCGAGCUGCGGGAGAGGUUAUCCCCAUCUCCAGUGCAUUUCAGUUCCACACUGGAAAGCAUGAGGGAGCGUUUGGCUCCCCUCACCCAACAGCUCCAGAGCUCUCUCAGCAGUAACACCCAAGAUAUGUGUGGCCAGCUGAGCCUCUACCUGCAGGGCCUGGAGACAGCCGAAGCCCAAGCAGAGACAAGUCCACCUCUCUACCAUGAAGCCGUCAGCUGGAUGGGCCAAACCCUGGAGCACAGCAGCUCCAAGCUGGCUGGCAUCCUCAGUGACUUCCAUACUAAAGCCAUCAGGGUAAUUGAACAUCAGAAAGAGACUAGUGCUAGAGAGGAAGAGGUAGAAGUGUGGCAGAAAAUAAGGUCCCGGUUGGGACAGAAAGUGACCUCACUGAGGGUGGAGGCACAGGACAGGGUGGGAGCUCUCAAAACAGAGCUUGCUGCUCUGCUAGAAACCACAGACCCUGUACAGGCUAAAGUGGCAGGGAGCCUAGAGCGGGUCUGCCCAAAAGCAACCCCGCUGCAGGCCAGCAUGGAGAGGCUAUUUCAGGGGCUGGAAGAGAAUCUAAAAGUCCAGGGAGCCUCCAGCCUGUCAUCCAUACAACCAGGUGACUCUUUACAUGAGGACUUCUCAGUCAAAUUCUCUGCUCUGAUCCAGGACAUUCUGCAGUCAGUACAGUAA